AUGGCGCUCGCAGACGUCGAAGUAUUCGAAGACGCAGUUCCCCUGGUUCGUAGCUGUCCAGCCCUCAACGAGAUUCGCACUUCGGGAGAAUUGAAAGAGCUCGUCAUAGAGGUAGCUCUCCUUUCUGUUGCCGUUGUUUACACGGAAAUUUGUUCAUGCUUGUUAGGUGAAGGACGGCGCUAUUCUCAAUGCCCAUCGAAUAAUACUAGCGGCUCGAAUUCCGUCGUUGCGAGCUGCUCUCAGUGGCGCCCUCGGGAAGGAUAAUUCGGUGCUAAAAUGGCCGACGGUGCCUCUAAAGUAAAGUCAUCCUCCUUCCUCUGAUUUUGCUUUUGCACUUUCUAGCCUCGCGAAUUCACUCAUCAAGUAUGUGUACACCGGGCAGUUGGAGGUGACCCAAACGAAUGCGAUGGGCAUAGUGAUGUUUUCGAAAAUGAUGAAACUGUCUAAUCUGGAGAAUUGGGGAGUGAAAUUCAUGGCCAAUAGGUAAGCAAGUGCCGGUUCUUUCUGUCUAACUGUCGGCUGUAAAGAGUGACUUUAGAAAAUCUGGCAACCACGUGGGACUUUGCUAGAUCUUCGAAUAUGGGCCCACUGAUGAAGACUUGCAUCAAUCUGAUGCAAAAGCAGUUUAUGAAUUUCGUCUCUACUGACCUCUUUGUUCGCCUGCCAGCUGACACCGUGCUGACUUUGUUGCGAAACGACAAUCUGUCAGUUGACUCCGAGGAGGCAGUUUUUGAGGCGAUUUCAAGCUGGGUGCGUGCCGGCGAUAAAGUGUGUGAUAAUCAGAGACUGAGAUUGCAUGCUCCGGAAAUGUUGAAGGAGGUUCGUUGGUGUCAGACGACUCCCCAAUUCCGCAGUCGCCUGGUCGGUAGUCAUCCAAUUUUCCGGGAUAACAACAGCUGUGGGUAAGUAUAUGCUGUUCUAGUUCGUGAUUUAUUUUCUAAUGAAAGUCGUUUUAUGGCUCUGGUGGAGCAGUGGAUGAGCUGCGCAGACAAGAACAAGCCUCCAUGUCCAUUCAACCGACGUCGGAGACCACAUCAGACGAUCAUCGUGUUCGGAAAGGACAGAAAUCAGCACAGGUGGUCUGUCCUGCGUUUCGAUCCGCAGCUGGAAAAGGAAGAGAGGAUUGCCGACAUGGAGAAGCGAUCACUGGCCUCCUACAGUCUCGUUGGCGGUGAGUUGCCUGACAGUUACGCACCCCGUCUUCUGCGCACCUGCCUUGUUUUCCUCUUUGUCUAA